CCGGGGGGAGAGGCGGGAGCCCCGGGAACGGGGGAUGCGGCCCCGCGAGGAGAGGAGGGAUGCGGGCUUCCCGGGAAUGGGGGGAUGCGGCCCCCCAAGGAGGGGGAGGGAUGCGGGCUUCCCGGGAAUGGGGGAUGCGGCCCCAAGCGCUUCCCGACGCCGUGACCCAGAAGUUUUGCCAGCCGGCUCCUGAUCGUGCAGCUUGCCGGGCGGGAUGCGGCGGGGAUGGGCUGCGGCGGCCGCGGCCCGGCGAAGGGCGGGAUGGAGCUUACCCCGAGCGGGGAUGAGAAAUGACCGAUUUCCCCCAAUUAGGUUGUCACGGGCCACAGGAGCCGGGGGUGGCGGCUGAUGGAGCCGGGGGGGGGAGCUGCUCCGGCCCGGGCAGGUGGAGGUGCCUGUGAGUUGGGUGUCAGAAAUACACCUAACAAAAAAGAAAAGGGCGCGGUGGAGGGCGCGGAGGCUGCUCGGGGGAGGGGGAGGGCGGGAGCGCUGGGCUGGGGGCGUCGCACCCCGGGCAUCUCUCCAUGCCCACCCCCCCAAAUCCCGGAGGAAUCACACUCGUCGUCGUCCCCACCCCCGGAAAAAGGAGGGCACACCCCACCUGCGGGGCUCGCUGCGGCUGGGGCGCCGGCUCUGCCCUCUCUCCCCCCCGCCCGUCCCCCUUUACCUGCCGCCGGCCCGUCCGCGGCGGGGGCAGCGGGGCGUGGGGCGGUGGGUGGCGGUGGAGGCGGCGUGUGACAGAUGUCCUCCUCUGACAGCGCUCGGUACCAGCCCAGUGGCUCCCUGCCAUUGGCUCAGUGCAGCCGACCGGCAAGGCUGCUCGCUAUAAUAGCACUAUGCCUGCCAGCGGCGGCGGCAGCUCGCUCGGCUCCGCCGCGGCCGCCCCGCCGCGCAUCCUCCUCCUCCUCCCGCGGCCGCGCCGCGCCUGAGGGGCCGCACCCCCGGCCCCCGCCGGCCCUCCCCGCCCAGCCCCGCCGAGCCCGGCCCGAGGAGGCGGCCCCGGCCCCAUGGAGUGCUACUACAUUGUCAUCAGCUCCGCGCAUCUCAGCAACGGGCACUUUCGCAACAUCAAGGGAGUUUUCCGCGGCCCCCUCAGCAAGAACGGGAACAAAACUCUGGAUUAUGCUGAAAAGAAAAACACGAUAGCAAAAGCUCUGGAAGAUCUUAAAGCCAACUUCUACUGUGAACUCUGUGACAAGCAGUACUAUAAACACCAGGAGUUUGACAAUCACAUUAACUCUUAUGAUCACGCUCACAAACAGAGGCUGAAGGAACUGAAACAGAGGGAGUUUGCUCGAAAUGUAGCAUCUAAGUCACGAAAAGAUGAAAGAAAACAGGAGAAAGCCCUUCAACGUUUGCACAAGCUAGCUGAGCUAAGGAAAGAGAGAACCUGCGCUCCUGGAAGCGGCCCUAUGUUCAAAUCCACUACGGUGACUGUGCGAGAUGAUUGCAACGAUAUCCCCAAAAGUGCUGCCAUGGAUUCUGCCAAGAGCCAGGACUUCAGCUGCACACCAAUGCACGAUGCACAGAACUGCAAAGACAUUGCUUCUGUUAUUUCUUCCGCUCCUGGAGAUGCAGGUUCUCACCAAUCCGACCCUAACAAAUGCGGAGAUCAGCUUCAAGGAACUCAAGGACACAGAGUUGGGUUCUCCUUUGCUUUUCCUAAGAAAGCAGCAGUCAAACUGGAGUCUUCAGCUGCUGUUUUCUAUGAGUUUAAUGAGGAAACUUCCAUAGAGCAUGGAUUUAGCAGAAGGAGUAGGUUUGUUCCGGGAACGUGUAACCUUCAGUCUCCUUCAGCAUCAGAAAUAGUUGUGUGCCCCGAGGAGAAACACAACUGUUUUCACCCACUGGUGGAAAAAUGCAUAGACACAGCAGAAGCCCCUGAAGCUCAGGAGUCAAAGGAGCUGUCCAGUGAAGGGAGCAGGGUGCUGGAGAGCCCAGCUUUGCCUCCUGCCACGUCCCACUCGAAGCAGCCGCUGGCCGCGGACACGGAUGGCCACGGUGUGGAUGUGAGUGUGGCAGAAUUAGGGGACCAAAGGCCAGCUCUGGUGGCAGACAGUGCCCAGGUCCUGCCCCUGGACGGCAGCGGGCACGAGCUGCAGGCAAACAGAGCUCCUGUGCAGGAACUUGUGGAGGAUUGUUCCUCUCUGCAGGAUGCUGCAGAGGAAAACUGUAAUGAUGGGAGCAGGGAUCCACCUGCAACUGAAACUGAAAUAAAAAAUCUGGGGGCUGAUGCAGCAGCUCCAUCACCAUCUGAAGAAGGCAGUGGAGGCCCAAAAAGCAAACCGGACGUAUACAAGAGACCCUGUCAGCCCUUUGUUCCUGUUCUUAGCAAAUAUGGAUCAAAUGUUCUUCAGUGGCCAUCAGAAAUGUUGAUUUAUACAAGUACAGACCCAUCAAUUUCUUAUAGCUGUAAUCCUUUAUAUUUUGAUUUUAAGUCAUCAAGAGCAAGUGAAAGCCAAGAAAAGCCCAAGCAUCAACCAAACAUACCUCAUUUGCACCAUAAAACUGAAUCUGAUCAUAUCUUAGUCUCAGAUUUUACAAAAAGACCUACUUCAGAGUGUGGUGAUUAUGAAGUAGAAGUGAAUAAAAAUGUGUGCAACUAUACAAUACCCCUGUUAAGUGAUGUUUCCCUCUUCAGAAAUUGUGACCUUGCAAAAAAUCAAAACAAAGUGUCCUUGGAUGAGUCAUUCAGGAUUAGAAAAAUAGAAAAGUAUCACAUAUCUCAUAACCCGUUACGACAAAACACUGUGAUAGAUGAGAAAUACAACAAAGUCUGGAUCAAAGAAGGCCAUGAAAAAUGGCUUCACAAAAGCAGAAAACGGAAAAGGAGAAGAAAACUAUGUCAUUGUCAUUAUCAUCACUGUGGAGACACAACAGUAGCAGAAAUGGAGAUAUCUCCAGUAAAUGAAAAAGAAGUUACUUACAGAGAUGAAAAUAAAUAUCAGCACCUCCAAAAUAGUGCAGAGAAGUGCAGGCAUGAUGCAGGAAAUAUCUGGUUAACUGCAGGUGAGGUACAGCAGCCACAGCCAAGAUUCGGCAUUGAGAAUGGUCCUAAGAGAGUCAUGUCUGCAUCAGAUCACAUACACUGGGACAGAGGCUGGUGUGACUUCUGGAGUGCCAAAAACAGUGGCCAUCACCACGGCUGUAAGGGACCACACAGAAAGAGCAAAGGUAGCUCCCGGAGGCAGGCGAAGCAGCUGAGCUCCAGGAGGCACAGCCUAAGGCACUCCAAAACGUGCUGUAGCUGGAAAGUCAGGAGGUCAAGCUGCAGCCCAGAGCAUAAAUGUUUAGGGCAAUGCAGCGAGGAGAAGGGGCCGAGCCAAAACCAGCCCACAAAGAGAGGUUACAGUGUUGUGACAGAAGAGCCCGAGAAACCCCACCGCAAGCGGAGGCAGCACACCUAUUCCUCUUCCUCUGAUGAAAGCUCAUGUGCACAGGCAUUAUCAGCAGAGGAAUAUCUAAGGCAAGGACAUGCUUUAGGUCCCUAUCACAAGGCAAAAGGGAAACGCAGGAAAAGGAAGACGAGGAUCCAUCAUGUUUUCCUUGACAGGAACGCAAAAAGUGAGACCUCUGAAUCUUCCAAAGAAAAUUCCGCCGAUCCUGCGUUAAAUGAUUUGGGGGACUUACUGACUCAAGACAAUCUAGAGGAAACUAACGCAGCUGCCAGAGAUGACGAUGCAAAAGACAGGGAUGAAACAAUGGAGCUGGAGGAGAGCAAGUCCCCUCUGGAAAGCGCUGGCCCGGAGAUGCUGGAAGAGGAUAAACCGAUGGAGAGCGCACCGGCCACGCUUCCUGACGGCAUCAUCACAGGUCCUGCUGCUUCUGCUGCCCCCGAGCAGGGCGCUCCAGCAGCUGCUGCCAAACAGGGUGCUCCCCAGGAGGGAAAGAAAAAGGAAAACGUCAACAGUCGUGAGAACCAAGCUCGUUACAAAGUGCCCAUCCCCAACAGACACCUGGAACAAACUCCUCCCAAAUCCUAUCUUUGCCACUACGAGUUGGCCGAGUCCCUGCCGCACGAGAAGAUGGGCGAGGUGGCCGGUGAAUGGGUGCAGUGCAAUCCCGGCAUAUUCGGCAGCCCGCCGCCCUUGCCCUUCAAAGAAGCACACGUAAACAGCCACACCUUUCUCGCAGCCGAGCAGCUGAUAGCCCCCUUCCCCCUGCCCGAGCAGACCCUGCUGUUCCCUCCCGACAGCGCCGAGAAGUUCAAGGAGCUGCCAUCGGAGGCCUACCAGCAGCUGGUGCCGCAGACCGUGCUGUCCGGCAAGGUGAAGUUCGCCUUGGCCCCGCCGGCCCUGCAGGCCCCGCCGCUGCCGCCGCCGCUGUGCUCCACCUCGGUCACCACCAUCCACCACACCAUCCUGCAGCAGCAGCACGCCGGCGCCCUCAAGGUCCUCCAGCCCCACCAGCAGUUCCUCUCGCAGGUGCCGGCUCUUUCGCGGGCGCCUUUACCUCAGCUGGCCGUGGGCCCGCGGCUGUGCCCGGCGGGUCACGCCGCCUUCGUGGCGCCGCCGCCGCUGCCGCUGCUGCCGCCCGCGGUGCUGCCGCCCGCGCCGCUGGCCUUCCCCGCGCUGCCGCACUCCGUCUUCCCGUCCCUGCUGGCCCCGCACCCGGCUGUCAUCCCCCUGCAGCCGCUCUUCUAGGACUACAGCCUUCAGCUGAACUGUUUCUACAGUUCCCCCACCCCACCCCGGACCAAGCUUUGCAAAGUGGUUCUGGGGGACUAAAGUGGUUUAAAUUCCUUUACUGUAAGUAUACUAAAGCACUGAAUAGUCUGAUACUAAUUAUGAACUAUAUAUAUAUAUAUGUGAAAAUUAUGUCUUAGAAUAUGUAUAAUGUAUAUAAAAUAUAUUUAUAGUUCUAUAACUUAUGUUGUAAAGUAUUCACUUUUCGUUUUUUAUCUUUGUGUAUUUGCACCUAUUUAAUGUUUAGACAAAGCUGAUGCACUAUGUUUUGUACUAUGUUCUCUGAAACUGUAAAUCUAGUGACAAACUAUCUCUUGCAAUAAAUUUUUGUUAACUACUUAAGUAUAUCAAAAAUCUUUCAUUAUAAGCCUCACGGAUGUUGUUCUUCCAUGUCCUUCUGCAGCUGAAUAGCAUCCUCUGCCCCCGCUGUGUUGGGAUAACCAGGUUUCCUACACGUCAGUGAUUUAUCAGGGAGGCUCAGAGGCCAGUACCUCGAGGGCAGCUGUCUCACCAAGCCAGAGAGAAAGGGAGCAGAAGAAAUGAAAAGGAAGUUAUUUUCUUCCAGUGCCACCAGCUGAAGAAGACUCAGGUCUCCAGCUGGGUUUCCUCAGCUCUGUGGGUGCAGUUGCCUGCUCAUGGCAGAGCAAUUGAAAUAUUCCUUAAGAUGAUGAGAGCUCACUCAGCUGGGUUCUGUCCUGUCCUGCUGGUGUUUUCCCUGGGAGUGCUCCUCUGCAGUGGAUUGCUCCUGGCCAUCAAAAACAAAUAUAGCAGGUGACCUAAAGUGCUGAUGUUUUACAUAUCUUCCAUUUUCCCUGUAGUUUCAUGGAUCUACAAUCCAUGUGGAUCAUUUCAGUUGGGUUCUAUGUCAGACUGGGAAUUUUUCGUGGUGAUUCUGUUAUAAAUAUUUGUGUUUGCUCUGUGAUAGUUCAGCUUCAAAUAAUUUUUUCUUGAUCUAUUAACUGGUUGCUCUGUUUCACAGAAUGGUCAUGUGCAUCUUUCCCUGGGGCUGAAUUUGGUGUUCCUCUAGGUGAUGUGUAAGUCUCUUAUGCUGUGAUAACAACAGUGUCAUCCUGGGAGAGGGGCCCUUUCCUGAUCAAUGUUCCAUUAAAAUAGUAAUAAAUUUGUGUUGGUUUAACUUGAAAUCUGCAUAUCCUCAUCUGCAACAUCUGUAUCUGAUAGAGCUGCUCUGAAUGUGUAUUUGUAGCCUGAACUCAUCUCUCUCAGUGAAUUUUUGAUGCUAUGAAGGUUUAGCUAAGAGGUCUCAAGCCAGUCUGGAUUUUGAAUUCAGGAUAUUCAAGUAGGCCUAGAUUUGACAGCUUUUGGGGUCUGAUUGGAAUUUCUGGAGCCAUUGAAUGGCUCUGAAGGCUCUUUCUGAGACGGCUAAGAACAGUUUUGAAUGUUCUCUUCCCACAACCCUGUCACACUGAUCAUCAGCCUCACAGACUCUGAAGUUUAACAUCCCAAGCAUACCAUAUCUGUGUCCUAAUAACCAUAAAUUGGGUCUCAGCCAAUUAUUUUCCCAGAAGAUCUCACCAUACCAUCCUGGAGUAACUGAAUUUGGUAAUUUAAAAUAUGCUGGCUAUAUUAUUUUUCUUUUAAAGUCUAUGCAGUGAUUUGCACAUUCGUUCUCCUUUCACAAGCAGGAGAGAUUUUGAGAACUGGCUUUUUCUUGAUGCUUGUCAAAGGGAACUGAUAUUUUAUUCAAUAAUACAUUUUUUUUUCUUUCAAAUCAUCCAGAAAUUUUAAUGUACUUGCUCUGUUAUACAAUAAGAAAAUUACUGUUUAUCCCAAUGGAUAUUUUUUUCAGGGAAAAAGAAAACCCUCUUUGCUUCUUUGAGAGUUAAAACAUGAAUUCUAGUUUCCUCUCAACUCUCUGUCUUGUGAUGCUCCUUGUCAGAUUAAUGUGUCUUAAAGCUGUCGGUUGGUACCUGAGCUGUCAAAAAGGAAGAUUAAAAACACACCUUUCAUUUGGGGGAUUCAUUUUGCAUUGCAAAAUGCAGAGGAAGAGAAAGAAAACCUUUCCUGCUUACUGCUGGCAUGCAUCUGAGGCCUGCUGCGUGUGCCAUUCUGGUUGUGUUUUGGGGUUAGGAUGCAAUUUUGGUUACUGUCAGCCCUGGAUAUUCACACUAGAACAGAUUCAAGAUCCUGAAAUGGUUUUUGUUUUGUGAGGAACAGAAUGUACAGAAAUGAAGGGUCAUGGGUUUGAGUUUUAUCUCAGACACAAACAGGGAGUGUGACUCAGGACAGAAAUAAUUUCUCUCUGCUUCCUUCAGGAGACUGAAACUGUUCCAUUUGCUUUCUAAUCCAGUGGAUACACUUACCUUAUACAGUUAAUAUGUAGAUGACAUAUCUCCUAUUAACUUUUUGAUUUUCAUGAAGUUUUCAGCUAAGAAAAGAGAGACAAUGUUUUUAAUACUAAUGAAUUCACUCGGAAUUUUUUCAGAUAUCAUUUCAGAAGAAAUUGCUGUGCAAAUCCUCAGUACAUUUUUUACAUGAAUUAAUUUCUGAAAGAAAAACCCUUGAGUUCAAGCAACAGGGAGGCAUUCUGCAGCAGCUCCCUUUGGUCCCAGCUUCUAAUGAUACCAUCAAGGCUGGCCAAGGCCCAUAAACACUGCAGAGGUUUGAAGUGAUUUUGUUCACCAGUGCCACUAAUCCAGCUUUAAAUCAAUUUUUCAGAACCUGGGUCCUAUUCUCCUCUCAGUCUGAGUAAUAAAGUGCAUUCAGGGGAGAUGAUGCACAUGAGAAAGUGCUGCUCAUUUCACAGGACUUGAAGAACAAUCCAGGACUAUAUAUUUCUCUAGUGUUUCAUUUAGUGUUUAAAUGAUUCAGCCGUCAUUUUGGCUAUGCACUUAUUAUGAAAGGUGCUUGAUUUUGAUCUAAUACGUUCUGAAGACUUUUAAGACCAUUUUUUUACAGUUUCUUAAAGUAAGAGCCUGUUCUACUCUCAAUGACCAUAAAUAACUCACUUUUCUGGAUAUGGAUAUAUCACCAUAUCUUGCAGUCAGGUCCGUUUUUUUACAUGGAGCAAAACAUCCUGAUGUGGGAAAACAACCUGGAAAAAACAGUGAAAUCAAACAACAGCAGAUCCCUAUUCACAUAUGAUUUAAAGGCAUAUUUUAAUGAAAAAUUAAACAUUUAAAAUCCAGAUCUUAACUUGCCUCUGUGCCAAUUUUUCCAUUCAUGCCAAAUACCAAUGAGCAAGACAAUAAAACAAAAAAACCAACCAAAACAAGAGAGACCCUUACUGUUACUGCAGAAUUCAUAGGCAGAGUGGUUUCUUUCUCUGGGAUAUAAUGAAUUGAACUGCUUUUUGGGUAAGGUGGUGGCUGCUUGAAGUCUAACCCACAGAUCAUUUUCAGUGUGUGUUUUUGUAGGUGAUGUGUAGGAAAAUACAGGCUGACUGCAGAUUUUCAGAGAUACUUUGUUGGAUUUUGCUGGCAAACAGGCAAUAUUUUGGAUCUUAUAAAUAAUUGGAUCUUAUAAAGAAUCAUUUGCUCAAUUUUGAUAUGUCCCACAACUUUCUCAAAUUGUUGUUCAGUGCAAAAACAAGAUAGUAAUUGAAUAAAUUGCAGAUUUUGGAAGAAAUAUUUCUUGUUACAGUGAGCAUGAUGACCGGUUAUUUUCUUCAUGUGUGCAAUAGGUCACUUCUGUGUACAGAUUCCUUCCAGACUGAAAAAUGACAACCAAAACUGUAAAUGCAUUUGGACCAGGUCACAUUGAAAAAAAAGUGAAAAUAUGUUCAAUUAUGCAAUAUAUAAUUUCCCUUUCUCCUUCUGUCCCAGGUGGGUGUUGUGUGACAGGAUGGAGUAUGCCUGGUUACCAUAGGAAUGCAAUAAAUGCCUUCUAAAUAGAAAGCAGUUUAUCUAACUAAACAUCUUUUGGUGUCACCACGUCAUUCCUUUCAUCUACAACAUUUGAAAGGCAGAUAUUUGGAAAUACGCUUUGCCCAGCAAAGUUACAAAACCCUGAGAAGGCACCUGGAGGGAAGGCAAGUGUGUAAAUGUGCAGCUCAGGGGGGAUGAGUGUUUUUAUCUCUUUGCUACAACCCGCUCUUACAAGGCAGACACAAUUCCUGUCAGCCAGUGCGUGCUGCGGAGUUGAUGGGAUCUGAACAAGGCUUUUCAUGCCCAUUGCCUUCUACUCCUCAUCAGUUCUGCUCUGUCGUGAUUAAUGUGCUCCCUUGCAGCAACCUUAAUUGUUUUUCUGAGGGACAGAAGAGUGAUCAUAAUCGCAGCUGUUAUGAAUUUAAUUCCGAUCUGCGAGGAGACCGCGCUGUAAGCAAACGUUUCCAUUUUGAACACUUAAAUCAAUGGUUUUCAAUUACAAAUAGAGAACACAGUAGCUGGAAAUGUUCCUUACCACAGGGUAGAUGCUGCCCCUAUUAGUCACUCACAUUGCUUAUUUUUCAGGCAUUCACAGUUGAAAUUGUGAGAUCUGGAAAUAAAGGAUGUGAUAUCUACAAAAAAAAAACAUUCCAGUUGUGAAUAUCUUUAACUAAUUGAUGAAUACAGAUAAAAAAAGCAGCUUAGGUGGCCACACCCUCAUGAGUGCCUUGCCAUGAAGUGGCAUUUGGGCUAUGAAUGGAGUGGACAGUCUCAUUUCUGUCCUCCUUUCUUCUUCCCUAUGUUCAAGUUUUGUGCACCACAGAGGUUUAUUUCUACAGUAAUGUGCUGCUCUUUGUUGUUGUUUGAACUGUUGAUGUUUAUUUCUGUUCUUCCACCCUCAAUUUUACAGCAGGGUGCAAUUCUUUUGUGCCUACAUCCUGGAAAUGGCAUGAGGGAACCUCCAGGGAAGCAGCUGCUGAUUAUGGCAACGUAUGAGGAGAAAUCCCAUCCCUGGAAAGAACAUAGCCAGGAGCAUAACUUCAUUAAAACAACUUCACUUUAAUUCAGCUUCUCAUUGUGAAAUUCAGAGUACAGAGACAAUACCAGCAGUAGAAAAAAGAUGAAAACUCCCAGCUGAAAAAAUGCCCAGAAAUUGCAUUCACUCAGUGCCAAAGACCUGUGGAUGGCUGCAGUCUAACAAAGCUCUUCACUGAGCUAGCUCAGCCAUCCCCGUUUUGUGUUCCUCUGCCAGUAAGGAGCUUAACUUGAGGGUAAUUCAGUGGAGCGCCGUGUGUCGGAGCUGCCGCGACAGGCGUGGAAUUGUUUCAUCUCUGCGGCUGGCGGUGCGCGGCGCUCUCCGGGCUGGCGCGCGGACCAUCUGCCGCCGCCGAGGGAGCGCUCGGGACACUUGGCAGACUGAUUGCACUCAGCCACGGCCGAGGCACGGGAAAAAUGGAGUUCCUAAUUGCGUUUUACUUGUUUAACUCUGGGAAGUGGUAAUUCAGAAAUGAACGGCUUUGGUGGACGUCUCGGAAUCUUUAAUUAACAGAUUACUCUAUUAACACGCACAUUGUUUUCCAGCUAUGGAGUUGGAUUUCAAAACAAGAAGAAAGAAAACUGCAAGCAGCAGCAAUCCCAGUGUGCCCUGACCUGCAGGAAGGCUGCUGUCUGGAAGGUUGGAACUACUCAGUGCCUGUAAAAUGCCACAAGUGGAACAAUAUCAUGACUGGAGCUACCCAGUGUCCUUCAGAUGAACAACUGGCUCUAGCCAAGGCUCCUUUGCAAAAGCAAUGCAGUCCUUCACACACACCUUCACCCUCUUUGUGCUAAGAGAGAAGAAAAAUAUGCCCAGCUCCAAAGAAAAUAUCACUUCUGUUUAAUGAUUAAAACAAAUCAGUGUGAGAGAAGACAUAAGGCAGCUACCAGAAAAUUCUAACCAUAGAAAGAUUUCACAAUGGAAAAGUGCAGACAACUGGAGAGAAAGAAACCAUUCAAACUCUACUGAAUGAAACAGAGAUGUAGAAGGACAGCAGAGGUUCUUUUUCAUGGAGAAUUGAGCUGCUUUCCAUGAGGGGCUAAAGAUUGCAAGCAUUGGAUGAACUCACAGCAGGAAACCUCAAGGCCUUUCUGGGACAAGCCACAUCAUUCCAGAGCACUGUGUGGAAAAGGAACCAAGCUCCUCCAGCUGCUUCUGCACCACCACCUUUCUGCAAGUUGAAGGCUAGACCUGAUGAACAAAAGGAUUUCCAGCCUGUCCCCAAGAUGUUAACAAGACACAGACAGCCAAUCCAAAUAUUAUGAAAUUAAAUAACCUCCUCUAUUCUACAUAAUAAAACCAAAUUGCUCCAGUUGUGUCAUUAAGUGCCACACUCAGAGAGGAUGAGGAAUCAGAGCACCCUUAGAUUUUUCUCCAGUUCUGUCAGCAGCACAUGUCUGCCUGCACCAAGGAGCACCUAUAUCCAUGUGCUUCCUGUCAGCCUGGGUGACAAAUGCAGCCCAGGCUUGGUGCUCCCAGCUAGCAGAGGGAGUCAAUGAUAUAUAAAGCCCCUCUUUGUUUGAUCCAGGGAUAGAAGGCAUUGCACAGACAAAGACAAAUGUGAUGGCUGCCAUUGGCAGAGUCAGCCACUGCAGCUGUGAGCUGAUUCAGAAAAAAAACAGCUUUAUUUUAUGUUUAUGGGUUUGAACCCAAGCUAAAUGUGUUUGUAAAUGACUGGGGUACCAUUGUGGCUUGGCUCCCACCUCAUGCUGCAAGCCAGGCUACUCACUGAGGGCAGGCUGGUGCCCCAAGAUCCAAUCUGCAUGGAAACAGUUCCUCCUGUCCUCAGCACACUGAGUCAGCCCCUCAGGGGCAGCAAGGGCAUCCCAGCCGAGCUGGCUGUCACAAACAGCAAAUUCCCAGAAGGACUGGGGGGACCUGAGGGGAGACUGCUUCAGGAGGAUUCCCCUGUGUUUGCAAUGAUCUGCCAGUGGUGCAGGACUCUCACUACCACUAUGGCAAAAUUUGUCUUCCAGGUGGCAAUGCCAAAAAAGCUGACUAUCAUCUUUGCAAGGAUCAGCUUCCUAAAUUGCAAUGAAGGAAAGCAAAAGGUGAAGUUUCACUUUUACUCCUCCUUACUUAGUCUAGCCUCUUCUACUUCCCACAUUCUUGCAGAGGAAAGGUUCAGGCUCCUAUAGAAAUAUCUGGUGCUCUUAAUAAAACAUUUCAUACAAAGAAGCAUAUCAGAUGAAAUUAAUGUAAUUAGGCUCAUUCCAGACAAAAGGUGGAGUUGAUGUCCCUUGAUUCCUGUAACUGGUGAAGAGAGGCUGCUCCUAAAGGGAAUUAUGACCCACUGGGUGGGCUGAGACCUGUCUCACAGCAGUGGCCAUCAAGUCCUGCUGCUGAUACCUGAUAUGCUUGGCUGACUUGAGAGCCUGGCUUACAUCUGAGGUUCCAUCUUAUGUUUUUCAGAUGACUAAACACCUAAGCAUUAUUAAACCCAGGCAGACAUUAGGCUUUCAAGCUCCCACCCCACGUUCAUCACGGAACCACUGUUUGUGAUGUGUAUUACUGUUAAAGUAAUACACAAACCUGCAAUUUCAGAAAUCAAAUGUGACAUCUCUCAGGCAACCGGGGCAGCAAUGAUCAUUGUAGAAUAACACCACUGAAACAGGAGAUGCUGUUGGCUGUUGUUACAGGGCCUGUUUCCAUAAAGCUCCUAUAAAAUCCAUAUGCACAGUAACCAUUUGCAAGUGAAAACAGUGGCUGAUGUGUGCAAUUGUUGAUUCUGAAUACAGAACAGACAUCUGCAUGAGCAAAUCGAUGUGCAUGCAAAUUUCCUCCAAAACUCACAGAGACACUUUUGAGCCAAAGCCACAAAUGCUUUUUGGAGCAUUCCUGUUGAUUUCAGGGAUUUUGCCCACCAAUAUUAUUUCCACACCAUUGACUUUACUCCACUGCUCUUAAAUAUCAAGAAGAACCUCAAGUUUUCUUUACUUACAGCACAGUUAAACUGAUAUUGAGACAAACCAAGCUCAAAUACUCUAAGAAGGGAUAAUCUCAAGAAGUAAGCUUGAUAGUCACUAAAUAAUGAAGCAUGAAUCAUACUGCUAUUUAUCUUCUCCUGCAGUGGAUAUUUGCAAGCAAAAAUCAGGGAUUUCGUCUAUUUAUUUACCUAUUUUCCCCUCCAGGAAGUCUGUUUAAUGAGGAAAAUCCUCCAAACUCUUAAAACCCAGGCGUAUGUGUUAAAGCUUUUCAGUAAAGAAAACUCUUCAUAAAGCUCAAACACAUCUCACAGUAAUAUUUUGCUGUUGCUGCUAAGGGAUCAAAAAAACCUAAGUGUGAAAAUAAAAUAUGCUGAAAAGCUUUUGAAUUCUGUAA